GGCUUUCCCCAGGGUGUCGUAGACGGGCGCUGUCUUCAUUACAAGACAGGCCUUCGCUUGGAAAUGUGCUAGACUCGACACAGAUGACUGAGGAAAGGAUCGUGUUAAAGAUGGGUGUGACCAACCCAAGUUCAUAAAGAUUGUUUUUGUAACUAUCACCUGUUUGCUGCACAAUGUCUCGGUCACGACAACCUCCUCUUGUGACAGGCAUCUCUCCAAAUGAAGGGAUACCAUGGACAAAGGUCACAAUUAGAGGGGAGAACCUUGGUACUGGCCCCACAGACCUCAUAGGCUUGACUAUUUGUGGACAUAAUUGCCUCCUGACAGCAGAAUGGAUGUCUGCGAGUAAAAUUGUUUGUCGAGUGGGACAAGCCAAAAAUGACAAAGGAGACAUUAUUGUCACAACCAAGUCAGGAGGCAAAGGAACCUCAACAGUCUCCUUCAAGCUACUCAAACCUGAAAAAAUAGGCAUUUUGGAUCAAUCUGCUGUUUGGGUUGAUGAAAUGAAUUAUUAUGAUAUGCGUACUGAUAGAAAUAAAGGAAUUCCUCCCUUGUCCCUCCGUCCUGCAAACCCUCUUGGCAUUGAAAUUGAAAAAAGUAAAUUUCCUCAGAAGGACUUAGAAAUGCUGUUCCAUGGCAUGAGUGCUGAUUUUACAAGUGAGAAUUUUUCAGCUUCUUGGUAUCUCAUAGAAAACCAUUCUAAUACCAGCUUUGAACAGCUCAAAAUGGCAGUCACCAACCUUAAAAGGCAGGCCAAUAAGAAAAGUGAGGGCAGUCUGGCCUAUGUGAAGGGUGGCCUUAGUACCUUCUUUGAAGCACAAGAUGCCCUUUCAGCUAUCCAUCAAAAACUAGAAGCAGAUGGAACGGAAAAAGUAGAAGGAUCCAUGACACAGAAACUGGAGAACGUCCUUAACAGAGCAAGUAAUACUGCUGACACAUUAUUUCAAGAAGUAUUAGGUCGAAAGGACAAAGCAGAUUCCACUAGAAAUGCACUCAAUGUACUUCAACGGUUUAAAUUUCUCUUCAACCUUCCUCUAAAUAUUGAAAGAAAUAUUCAAAAGGGUGAUUAUGAUGUGGUGAUUAAUGAUUAUGAAAAGGCCAAGUCACUCUUUGGGAAAACAGAGGUACAAGUUUUCAAGAAAUAUUAUGCUGAAGUAGAAACACGAAUUGAAGCUUUAAGAGAAUUACUUUUGAAUAAAUUACUUGAGACUCCAUCAACCUUACAUGACCAAAAACGUUAUAUAAGAUACCUCUCUGACCUCCAUGCGCCUGGUGACCCUGCUUGGCAGUGUAUUGGAGCCCAGCAUAAGUGGACCCUCCAGCUCAUGCAUGACUGUAAAGAAGGCCAUAUGAAAGGCCUGAAAGGUAACCCAGCUCUGCACAGUCCCAUGGUGGAUCUUGAUAAUGAUGUGCGCCCCUCUGUGUUGGGCCAUUUCAGUCAGACAGCAUCACUGAAGAGGGGCAGCAGCUUUCAGUCUAGUCGAGAUGAUACAUGGAGAUACAAAACUCCACACAGAGUGGCAUUUGUUGAAAAAUUAACCAAGCUUGUUUUAAGUCAACUGCCUAACUUCUGGAAACUGUGGAUUUCAUAUGUUAAUGGAAGCCUUUUUAGUGAGACUGCUGAGAAGUCAGGCCAAAUGGAAAGAUCCAAGAAUGUAAGGCAAAGACAAAAUGAUUUCAAGAAAAUGAUUCAGGAAGUAAUGCACUCCCUGGUGAAGCUAAUCCGUGGAGCGCUGCUCCCUCACAGCAUCCGAGAGAGUGAGGGGAGGCAGUAUGGAGGCUGGGAGGCGCAGGCAGAGCUCUCAGCGCAGUGGCUUCCUCAUGUCAUCCAGACCCUAAGGCUGACUUAUGAAUCAUUGACUGCUCUGGAAAUUCCCAAUGACAUGUUACAGAUUAUCCAGGACCUCAUUUUAGACCUCCGUAUACGUUGCAUAAUGGUUACAUUGCAACAUACAGCAGAAGAAAUAAAGAGAUUAGCUGAAAAGGAAGACUGGAUUGUUGAUAAUGAAGGGUUGACUUCCCUACCAUGUCAGUUUGAGCAGAGCAUCGUACACUCACUGCAGUCACUGAAAGGCGUUGUUGAUUGCAAGCCUGGAGAAGCUAGCGUUUUCCAACAUCCUAAGACACAGGAGGAGGUUUGCCAAUUAAGCAUCAAUAUCAUGCAGGUUUUUAUAUACUGUCUGGAACAACUGAGCACUAAGCCUGAUGCAGACAUAGAUACUACUCAUCUCUCUGUUGACAUCUCUUCUCCUGAUUUGUUUGGAAGUAUCCAUGAAGACUUCAGUUUGACCUCAGAGCAGCGGCUUUUGAUAGUCCUGAGUAAUUGCUGCUAUUUAGAACGUCAUACCUUCCUAAACAUAGCACAACAUUUUGAAAAGCAUAACUUCCAGGGAAUAGAAAAAAUAAUACAGACCAGCAUGGCCUCACUGAAACAGCUAGACCAAAGACUCUUUGAAAAUUACAUUGAACUAAAAGCAGAUCCCAUUGUUGGCUCCUUGGAACCUGGAAUUUAUGCAGGCUAUUUUGACUGGAAAGACUGCCUGACUCCAACAGGUGUCAGAAACUAUUUAAAAGAAGCAUUGGUGAAUAUAAUUGCUGUGCAUGCAGAGGUGUUCACUAUUUCCAGAGAACUGGUGCCAAGGGUCCUAGCCAAGGUAAUAGAAGCAGUUUCUGAAGAACUCAGCCGGCUGAUGCAGUGUGUCUCAUCCUUCAGCAAAAAUGGAGCAUUGCAGGCAAGACUUGAAAUCUGUGCCUUGAGGGAUACCGUAGCUGUUUACUUGACACCCGGAAGUAGGUCUAGUUUUAAACAGGCUUUGGAAGCCCUGCCUCAGCUCUCAAGUGGAGCAGAUAAAAAGUUACUGGAAGAGCUGCUGAACAAGUUCAAGAGCAGCAUGCAUUUGCAGCUCACCUGUUUCCAAGCUACAUCUUCAACCAUGAUGAAAGCAUGAAUGUCCAUGGUGGAAGGGCAUGCCAGAAAGUUAGCAAGUGUGAGAUUGUCUCCUUUCUCUCCUAUCUGGAAAUUGUUUGUUGUAUCAAGCAUUGAGCUUGAAAUUAGGGUUCCAGCUUCUGUCUUUUUCCCACAACUUAGUAGUGUAGAAAGUAGUGUAGAUGGAUAUGUAAUUUCCACCAAAAAAUCCUACUAAAAUUUGUAAGCUGUAUUUGCCAUUUUUUUCGUUAGCUUUGGUCCUGUAAGGCUAUUUAACAGACUUUAAAUAUUUUUUUUCUUGUUAAAUGUUUCAUGAUAUGAACUACUAGGGGGCUUCUCCAAGAAGUAUUUUGAGGUGACCCAUGAUGUAUUUGGAAGUGACUUGCAAUGUUUCAUUUACUAAACUUUAAUCUUAUAUCACUUAAACUUGAGAUUGAUGAGAGAUUCGUAAAAUUACAUCUAUUACAGCUUUUUCCUAAACUUUAAAAAUCUCAUUUUAUACAGUGGUCCCUAAAUCAUCUGUGGUCUGCAAUUUAUAAUGUUAUAGUUGGGGCUAUAGAUGACUACACUGAGAUGGCUCAGUGGUUAAAGGCACUUGCUUACAAAGCCUGCAAGCCUGGGUUUGAUUCCCAUCAGUACCCACAUAAAGCUGGAUGCACCAAGUGGCUCAUGCAGUUCAUUUGUAGUCUCAGAAGGCCCUGGCAUGCCAAUAUACCUUCCCUCUCUCAUUCUCUUUCUCUGUCUCUCUCUCUAAAAUAGUAAAUAAAUAAGUAAAAAGUUAAAUAAAAUGUUAUAGUUGGUUUAAUUCUGACUUUAAUUUUGCCCAGUGCUACACACUGAACACCUUUGGCAUGAAGCUUUUAAUUCUCAUUUACUCUUUACUUUGAUGUGUGUCAUUUUACAUUUGACAUCAGUGUGUUGUGGAUCUCCAGUGACCUGUAUGUGUAGUAUGAAUGCCAGAGGCUGUGUCACACUCCACAGGCCUUGUGGGAGCCAGGUAGUCGUUAGGGUACCUAAAGAUUAAGCCAAGUUCCUAGGAUAGCUGACGCUCCUGCCCCUCUACCAGUUUACUUCCUCCUACUACUUCCCAAACUUUGAAGUACUUGCUCCAUAACUGGAAGAGCACUGCUCUGGCAUACAGUGUGUUUUAUUAUUUUUGAGGCACUCCAAGUCACCAGGCAAUAACUCACUGCUAACAAGCCUACAGAGUAGAUUCCGGUCACGGUGUCAUCUCAGGCCCAGUCUCUAACCUCAUUCUAUCCUUCGAUUGUAGUUUACUUGUCAGGCUCCUCAAAAUUUUGUAUAGGUAAUAUCAAAUCUUUCAGUGUGUCAGUUGCUAAAAUUAUUAUUGGUACAAGUAUUUUCAGAGCAUAGUAUAAACAUAUCCAUUAUUUGAAGUUAGUAAAUGUUUUUAUUUGUCAUGAGGGAAAUCAUAGUAACCAAAAGUAAAAACUUAAUCUUUUAAAACGUGCUUGAUAGAACUAUUAAAUAUGCAUAAUAUUCUCUCCUUGGUGUGUUACCUAUUAUAUCUAACAUGACUAUAAACUAAGUUACAAAACUGAAGUGUUAAAUGUUUGGUAUUUUCAAUAUCUAGUACAGUUCAUAAAGCAAAUAAAGAAUUUUUUACCAUAAGAUAUUGUUGACAUUUUCCCUAUGUGUCUUUAUUUCCACAUUUUUAUCAGCUACAUAACUAUUUAUGUCUGCUUUUAGCACUCAAAAUAAAUACUUGAACUGUUC